AACUUUACACAAAUCACUUCAAAACCAAUCUACUCAUUCACAACCAACCAUCCAUCAAACCUUUUAAAACACACACACACACACUCUACAUCAAAAACCAAUCAAACACUAGUCUUAGAAACCUUCUGUUUACCUUACCAUUCUUCAUCAAAUCAUCAUCUCGAUUCUCAUCAUUGGAUUGAAUUGAACUCAUCAUCAACUAUCUUCUCCUUUUCCUAGAUCUGAUCAUCAUCCUCCUGAACCAGAUUCAAUCAAUUCAAUCAACUCAAUCAGUUAAUCUCUUGAAGUGUUUGAUCGGUCAUUCAACUCUAACUCGACUCUUCAACUUCAUCAGUCUACACUUAUCCACUCAAAUUCACCUUCAAGAUCAUUCAUUCCCAUCUUGAUUCGAGUCCACUUUCUUAUCUCGAUCAUCUUACUCUAGCUCUAUCUCUAAUAUCCAUUGGGCUUUAAACACCUUUCAUUUUAUCUAUCUUCUUCCCCUUCAUCUCCUUCCAUUCAACUUUCUUCUCUCUCUCUUCUCUUCUCAAUGGCUACUUCAACAAAUCCUCAUCCGGGCGAUCAAGACUGGAAGUCGAAACUCAAUCUACCUCAAAAAGAUCUACGUCCUCAAACAGAGGAUGUCACCAAGACUAAAGGUGUCGAAUUCGAAGACCUGUAUCUUCGUCGCGAUUUGCUAAUGGGAAUCUUCGAGGCUGGAUUUGAACGACCGUCGCCCAUCCAAGAAGAAGCUAUUCCCAUCGCCCUUGCAGGUAGGGAUAUCCUUGCUCGUGCUAAAAAUGGAACCGGCAAAACCGGAGCUUUUGUUAUCCCUUCUCUCGAAAAGACUAAUGUCAAGUUGAACCGUAUACAAGCCCUCAUUCUUGUGCCCACCCGUGAACUCGCACUCCAAACGUCUCAAGUCUGUAAAACGCUCGGAAAACACACUGGUAUCCAGAUCAUGGUCACAACCGGAGGAACCACACUAAAAGACGACAUCUUGCGUCUUCAGGAGACUGUCCAUAUUGUAGUGGGAACUCCUGGAAGGAUACUCGAUUUGGCCGGAAAAGGAGUUGCAGACCUCAGCCAAUGCAAGACUUUUGUAAUGGAUGAGGCAGACAAGCUACUAAGUCCCGAAUUCACAGUCGUCAUUGAACAACUUCUGUCGUUUUUACACAAAGAGAGGCAGGUCAUGCUCUUCUCCGCUACUUUCCCUAUGAUAGUCAAAGAUUUCAAAGAUAAGCAUAUGGUGAAGCCCUAUGAAAUCAACUUGAUGGAGGAGUUGACUCUCCAGGGUGUAACACAAUAUUAUGCCUUUUUGGAAGAACGACAGAAAGUUCAUUGUCUAAAUACUUUAUUCUCAAAACUGCAAAUCAAUCAAGCCAUCAUUUUUUGCAAUUCAACCAAUCGUGUUGAACUUCUUGCUCGCAAAAUCACAGAUAUAGGUUAUUCUUGUUUUUAUUCUCAUGCCAAAAUGUUGCAACAACACCGAAAUCGGGUGUUUCACGAUUUCAGAAAUGGGGUUUGCCGUAAUCUCGUAUGUUCUGAUCUCCUCACAAGAGGAAUAGAUAUUCAGGCUGUAAAUGUCGUCAUCAACUUCGAUUUUCCGAAGAAUGCCGAGACCUAUCUACAUCGAAUUGGUAGGUCAGGUAGAUUUGGACAUCGUGGUAUAGCUAUCAAUCUUAUCACCUAUGAAAACCGAUUUGAUCUUUACCGUAUCGAACAAGAACUCGGAACUGAAAUACAACCUAUACCCGCGGUGAUUGAUAAAGCUCUAUAUGUCGCACCUGGUAUUGAGGACACUCCUGCUCCUACAUCGAAGCGUCAACAGCAAUCAGCAUCCUCCACAAACGCUGCUCAACAUGCCAAUGCCAAUACCAACAAUCGAGGCCCCCAAGAUUCUCGCAACAAUCGCCAAGCCAAUCAGUCCCAGCCGAGCUCAAACCCCUCCCAGCCUCAUGACAAGCCUACAUUACCCCCUCAACAACUGACUUUUCAGAAAGCAGCCCCGAUUGAUUCUUUGUCCCAUGCAACACCAACAGAGUAUGCUAGUGGCCUACCACCCUCGCACAAUCGAAAUAAUCACCAUAAAGUGGGACGAGGCGGUGGAGGUGGUCAUCGAGGUCGCGGUAGUGGUAGUGGGCAUAGGCAUCCCAGUGGUGCCACGCCUGUUGCCUAG